AUGAUGUACUCAGGUCAUCUCUACAGACACUCUCUCAGUGAUCAUCAGACGACCACCGAGCAAGCAUCUCCCCGUACCACAAACUUACCCACGCAAACAAACGCACACACACACCAACACUCGUACGCACCAUGGCGGACUGUUCUUUCUAUGGGCUAAUUUCCUACAGAACGGGUGUGCUGCUGGCUGUGUUCUCCAUGUCCAUGUCCACCUCAGUGGUGGUGCGUGAGGGUCAGUCGGUCCAGAUGAGCUGUUCCCACAGCUUGAGUGAGUAUGGGUAUACCUCAUUUAUCUGGCUGAAGCAAACCAACCAGUCACCUCCAGUGCCUGUCCUCACCAUAAGGUACUAUGAGCCCAUACACUACUAUGGGGAGGAAGACAAAAAACAGCACAGCUCUGUGCAGUAUCACAAUGGCUAUAGCAGCGCUAUCGUUAACGGGACUGUAAACAAACUGACCUCCACAUCUGCGUUAGAGAUCAGGAGUGUGAGUGUGUCUGACUCUGGACUUUACUAUUGUGGGACGACUCUAGGAGUCGGCAUGGAUUUCUACAAUGUCACCUAUUUAACCGUCACAGCUUCUGUUGAGGAGUCUGAUGCAGAACUUACAGAGACAACAGACAAUGGGUGGUUCUGCAGUGGGGUGUGUGGAACCGUGGUUCUAGUCCUGGGGGUUCUCAGCGCUGUUCUCAAUGUGGUGCUGGUCAUCCUGAUCCUGACCAAACACAGAGGUGGACUCAGACAGAACACGGCCUCUGGUCAUCAAACAUCAUCUUCACCUGACCAGGUUCAGGAUUCAGACUCUAUGAACUAUGCAGCUUUGAACUUCUCUGCCAAGAAGAAGAGGAGGAGCAACUCCAACCUCCAGACUGACAACCCACACGUCAUAUACGCUGCCACUAGAUAAAUGCUGAAAAUUACGAUUUUGUAUGUCUCCAAAUAGCGAUCCCAUUGUUCCUCAGUGUUAAAUAUCUACAGUGUUAAAGUGGAUGUAAAAUAGAGGAUCUUGCAGACUGAUGACUCACAUGUCACAAAGCAAGAAAAGAUGUUUGGAGUGCGACCAUUUGUUAUUUUCACAUGUCACUGGAGAAAUGCUGAAGCUGAUUGAAAUUUAUACUGCUACUGAUCUGUGUUCUGUGUCUUUGUGUUGU